AAAACCAAACAUUUUGAGAAGGAAGCCAGCCAGAUACAGAGAGUCGGAUACACAUUGCUAAUAAAAGAAAAUUUAAGGAGAGAGGGACAGGGAAGGGAGGCCUUUGUCCCUGCACCCUCUGGUUUAGAGUGUCUGAGACCUCCGGCGACCCUCCCCCGGCCGGAAAUAUACUCUCUCUCUCUCCCUUCUUCAUCCGCCGCCGCCGGUCACAUCCCACAUUCUUCAUUAUCAACCAAACCAACUCUCUGCAUUAAGGAAUGGACAGCAUCAAAAGUCCAUUCAAGGGUAUAGUCAAUGAUUUUAAAGGAAGAACAGCAUGCUAUAGACAGGACUGGAUUGGUGGACUUUGUUCUGGCGUUAGGAUAUUAGCUCCAACCUUCUAUAUUUUCUUUGCUUCUGCGCUUCCGGUGAUCGCCUUUGGGGAGCAAUUGAGUAGAGAUACAGAUGGAAGAUUGAGCACAGUGGAGACAUUAGCUUCUACAGCAAUAUGUGGUACCAUCCAAUCAUUAUUCGGCGGACAGCCUUUGCUGGUUUUAGGAGUUGCUGAACCAACCGUUAUUAUGUACAAUUAUAUGUACACUUUCAGCAAAAAAAGGCCGGAGUUGGGGACCAAGCUAUUUCUAGCUUGGACUGGUUGGGUUUGUGUCUGGACAUCACUGUUGCUGAUUCUUCUUGCAAUUUUCAAUGCAUGUAACAUCAUAUCCAGAUUUACGAGGAUUGCAGGAGAGCUUUUCGGCAUGUUGAUUUCAGUGCUCUUCAUCCAAGAGGCCAUCAAGGGAGUAAUCUCUGAAUUUAGUAUUCCACAAGCUGAGAGUCCAGAUAAGGAGGAGUUCCUAUUUGAAUGGCUCUACGCCAAUGGGUUGCUCGCAGUUAUUUUCUGUUUUGGUUUGCUUUUGACUGCCCUUAAGAGCAGAAAAGCAAGAUCAUGGUGGUAUGGCACAGGCUGGCUGAGAAGCUUUACCGCCGACUAUGGGGUUCCCCUUAUGGUCUUAACAUGGACAGCAAUGUCUUAUGCUUUACCCAGUGAAGUUCCACAUGCAGUUCCUAGGCGGCUCGUCUGUCCAUUUCCAUGGGACAAAGAAUCACUGUACCACUGGACAGUCAUAAUGGACAUGGGGAAGGUCCCAAUCGUUUACAUCUUUGCUGCCUUUAUACCAGCCAUUAUGAUAGCAGGUCUAUACUUUUUCGACCACAGUGUAGCUUCACAGCUGGCACAACAGAAGGAGUUUAAUCUUCAAAAACCAUCUGCAUACCAUUAUGACUUGUUACUGCUGGGAAUAAUGACAUUGAUUUGUGGGUUGCUUGGACUUCCGCCAUCAAAUGGGGUCCUUCCACAGUCCCCCAUGCACACUAAGAGUCUUGCUACACUAAGGAGGCAGGUGAUCCGAAAGAAGAUGGUGAAGAGUGCCAAGGAUUGCAUGAAAGAAAAUGCAAGCAACUCUGAGAUUUAUGGAAGGAUGGAGGCUGUGUUUAUAGAAAUGGAAGGCGGCUCUCCUCCAAAUCCCAAGGAGUUGGCAAACUUGAAGGAGGCUGUGAUGAAAGCUGAUAAUGGGGGAGAUUUGAAGGGAAAAUUUGAUCCUGACAAACACAUUGAUGCUCAUUUGCCUGUUCGGGUCAAUGAGCAAAGAGUGAGCAACCUCUUGCAGUCGCUUCUUGUGGGAGUCUCAAUAUUGGGAAUAGCCGCAAUCAAAAUGAUACCUACCUCAGUUUUGUGGGGAUACUUUGCCUAUAUGGCAAUUGAUAGUCUCCCAGGUAGUCAGUUCUUUGAGAGGAUUUUGCUGCUCUUCAUCAGCCCUAGUCGCCGUUACAAGGUCUUGGAAGGUUCUCAUGCUUCAUUCGUGGAGUUAGUACCAUACAAGUACAUUGUUGGGUUUACGCUCUUCCAAGUGGUUUACUUUUUGAUGUGUUUCGGGGUGACAUGGAUACCUAUAGCCGGAAUAUUGUUCCCAUUGCCAUUCUUCCUUCUUAUCAGCAUAAGGCAACAUGUGCUACCCAGGUUCUUUCACCCUGCCCAUCUUCAAGAACUUGAUUCUUGUGAGUGGGAAGAAUGUCCUGGUGCUCCACAAGAAAAACCACAUGAAGCUGGCGGUGACGAGGAGGGUACAGAAUCGUUCUUUGAUGCUGAGAUAUUGGAUGAGAUGACAACCAGCAGAGGCGAGUUGAAGCUUAGGACCAGCUUCAGUAGUACUGAAGACAGGUUUUCUCAGGUGCAUCCCGACGAUGCUCCCCGAAUAUGACAAGACAGUGGAUUCUGAUUAGAAAUUAAGAAAAUAGAUUGAUUGAUUGAGCUUCUGUUUUGUGCCUUGUGAUGAGACGAUGAUGAUCAGUAUGCUCCUCAUCCGAGGAUUGCUGACAAAUGCGUCUGUCUGUCUGUUGUGCCACUCAAUUAUAGCAGAAGAUAUUAACAAAAUACAGAAAAGGGAAGGAUAGGAAGGUCUAGUUUGAAAGACAAAGUUAUAAAGAAAAGCACAAGUGGAAGGUCGACAUUGAUUUUUCAAGCAAAAUUAGAACAAGGAUGGGGUAGUGAACAGAGGGAUACAAGGUUAAAUGGAAGUGUAAGGGGAUUCAGGAAUACUGUACUUAUAUGCAAAAUUGAACAAAGGGUGUAAAUCCUUUUUUGAUAAGAACCAAGUGGUUUAUUAGAAUUUCACUUUAGUUGGUUCAAUGUACUUACAAAAGUUAGUGGCUAAAUCACAAUUAGAUUAGAUCCCAGCAUUCAUUUA